UUGUUGCUGCCAUCUAGGCAAUCCUGGCCUCCGUUGUCAUGGGCAACACGGUCGUUUUGUCGAAGCGCCUCCUGUCAGGCUUACUAUUAAUAGUCAGAUUCAGUUUCCAGUUACCCAGUUAAGCAGCAACACUCGGAGAUACAAAACAUGUCCUAUUCCAGCCGUUUUGGUUUCGACUUCCACCUGCCGGAUGAGGGAUGGUGCUACCCGAAGAACGACAUGCACUUCAUCCGCAGCGCCGAGUGGGUGCCCGUGGAGAAGGCUGGCGUGGGUCGCUCCUUCGCCAAUCCCAAUGGCGUGAUCUAUCCCCGGGUAGUCGGCAUGAUUCCGCGCUACGGCGGCCAUGUUCCGGGCAACAAAUUCCGGGUGGGCAACACCUACGGUCGUGCCACCAUCGACGCCAAGCGCCAUCUGGCCCUCAACCACGAUUGAAGCCUCGAUUUUUGGAUCACUAGCUCACGUAUAGCCAAUCAAAUUUGCUGUGUUACGCUUAGAGAAGCACCCAAAAUAAAUCGUAUACUGUAGUACAGCCGAAUGGAGAACUGUAGAAAAAUGGCAUGUGGUAAUAAAAUUAUUCACUGAUAAAAGUUUAAA